CAGUUUCGAUUUAAAAUUCUAUCAAUCAAGUUACACUUGAAUCGGUUACAAUGAAAAUCAACUUUGCGUUGCUAUCUUCCAUGUUAUUGAUAUUUGUUGUCAAUUAUUCUUGUGCGUUUGUCGUAAUUUGUUUCGUAAGGAAUGGUGUAAACGUAAACAGGACUUUUGACUCCGAAAUUGUUACGUACGCAGCUGCACGUGAAAGUUUGGAACUGACAGAGGACGACAUUUUUAUGGACAGCAACCGUGCCAUUGAGCGAAGACAAGAACAAAGGAUGUUAGUGAAUGAUAAAGAGUGUAAUGGAAUUAUCAGUCAAAGUGCAAAGUCUUCCAUAGAAGUUUGCAUUGUAAAUGAUCAAUGCAAAACAUUUCUCUUGGAAAAUAAAGCAAAGGUCAAGACUUUGCGCGAUAAGUUGCUCGCUUCGUUGCCACAAUAUUACAGCGACGAAAAAUGUGCCGAUAUUGUUUUUCUAAAUGACAAAGGACAAGUGAUCCAGAGUACAGACGAAAUAGAGGUGCCAUAUCAAAGUAUUGUGAAAAACGGUAGAAUCCAAGCAUACAAUAAAUUCAUCGACAAUACAAGCGAAUUAGAUAUCACAUGGCUUUUGUCCAAUCAUCGAGUGAAAGUGAACAUGCUCAUGUCAUUGGGUAGUUUGCGAUAUUGGAUAAUGAAACCAAAUGCUUGUCCUAAUUUAAAAAGUAAACUGAAUUUACCCGACAAGGCAUUGUUUCCAAAUGCUAUCGACGAUUUAGCACAAAAUUGGUUAGCUAGAGACAAACGCGCGCAACUCCAUCAAGUAACAAGCCGUAACGUGGUGAGUACUCAAUUGGUUGCACCGUACGCCCAUGAGGAAUCAUUGUCUAUAAAAUCUUAUGCUUAUAAGACUGAAAAAUCGGAAAUCCCAAGAUUAUACUACGUUGACGUGACCGAAAAAGAUAAAGUAGCUUUUACCGGAUCGCGAACUGAUGAAUUUCAGGGUGAUCAGUUAACGCUCAAAAUAUCAUCUCGGUCGUCAAAAGACAAGAUGCUUUUACCGUUAAAAGAUGUCCGAUCAACAAAUAAUCGAGCUGUAUCCUGGACUAACGUCGUCAUAGCAACAAAUAAUACUGCUGUUACUUUGACCGUCACAUGGAAUAAUCAUCAACCCGGUUAUGCAUACAUUUGCGAGUUAUUCGAUUUCCGUGCAAACCAUGAAAUGCAUUUUUUAUUUCGGAAAUUAUCUGAAGAUGGGGUCUGCGAAUUCAAAUAUAUUGAUGAUAACAAUACUUUCUAUGAUUUGUUGUUCAACAGAGAAGAACUCAUUGAAAAUGGGCAAGAUCUCUCGAAAUUCCGAUACGAACUAGGUGUGUCUAUGUAUCCUAGUCGUCCUGGUAAAUGGAGCUGUAGAAAACUUAGAAAGAGAGAAACACAAUCUAUUGCCAAUACUGACAUACAUCAAGAUCAGAUAACAAUGGGCGGAGGAGGGAAGGGUUAUGAUACGGGCCUUUACUUUGAGAGAUCUUGCGUGUCACACGAUGCAAAAUACAGAAACGAGAAUAAACGAUCAUUGUAUUUCAACGUAUUUAUUUUUAAAUCACAGGAGAUUGCUGAAAAAAUUAUUGAAGAUGUUGCCACAUUUUGAUAAAUAUAUCGAAUAUCUUUCUCCAUAAGUGUAAUUUUUUGCUAUUUUUACAUUGAAUAUUAAAACUUAUCACGAACAACAUUCAAAUUUUGAAGAAUAAUGUUAUCAGAGACUAAAAACAAGAACUUGAAAGAAUAUUCAGUUUGCAAUUUUUAUAAAAUAUCUUAACGAUUUUUGUCAACCGUUCUGCAUAGAAAGAUAGUUUGUAAAGUUUGCAUUUCGAUUGAAUUUCGUAUUUUCAAACUUGCACACAUGAUUAUUGCAAAUUGUCUUGUUAAUUUAUUUGAUACGCAAAAAUUAUUUGUUGUAAUAUGUACUUUGUGCACUAAAUAUUUAUAUUUUUAUUUUUCUUCAAAAGAGCUAACUAAUCUAGUUCUAAUGUAAUAAUGCAUAUAGGCAUUGUGUAAUUUCUUUUUAAUAUAUGUAUGUAUUCAUUUCACAUCUGUUUUUUGCGUUACUACUUUUUGCGAUUAUCAGACCCAUUCCAAAAUGGUUCGGAACACUUUAUAUAUAAAUAUGUAUUGGACAUUUUUUCCGCUGACAAUAAAGAAUAAUAAUGAGAAUAAUAAUAAUGA